AUGGAACACUUUCCUCUGGACGUUUUUGGCAACAAUCCACGGCUCAGCCGACUGUACACGCAGCUCUGCUUCUGCUUCCCAUUGCCAAACUGCCCGCGGCGCACUGAGAACACUAUAACCCACCUGCAGAAUGGUUUGAAUGUGCUCACAUCGAACUUCCCUUGGGUAGCGGGCCAGGUCAUUCAGGCAGACGAUGGCGCCUUCACGAUCGUCCCGUUGGAGAAAAGUCCAAAACUUCGCGUACAAGACAGGAGCAGCCAAUUACCGACGUUCGAGGAGUACCGAAACAUGGGCUUCCCCUUCAAGUGGCUCGAUGAGAAGGAUAUCGCAUCGCACAGUACGCUUCCAGAUGGACGGGACGUGCCGGCACCAGUUCUAGCGCUGCAAGCCACAUUCAUCACCGGAGGUGUGUUUCUGACAUUCAGCGCUCAGCAUAAUUGCAUGGAUAUGGCUGGUCAGUGCCAGAUGAUACUACUAUUCGCUAAAGCGUGCCAUGAGGCAGUACCCUUCACAAGCGAAGAGAUCAAAACGGGAAACCUAUCGCGGAAACGCAUAAUACCUCCCCUAGAUGAUCUACCUAAGAUUUCAGAAGAGCUUGUGGCCAAGGCACCUAACAGCAAGCCUUCGCACGCAUGUGAGGCAGAGGCUGAAGCUAAACCCACUUGGUCAUACUUCCUACUCUCCUGCACUACUCUAUUGACUCUCAAAUUACGGGCGCAGAAAGACAUACACACCACCUUCAUCUCCACUGAUGACGCCCUUUGCGCUUUCAUCUGGCAACAAGUUACUAAAGCUCGCCUGUGUCGCCUCCAAGAUAUGUCCGCAUCCACGCAAUCAACCUUUGAACGUCAGGUUGACGUGCGGAAACACCUGGGCUUGCCUACAACGUAUACAGGCAACGCCGUCUAUAAGACGUCUACCACCCAGUCCAUUGAAAACAUUAUAUCAAAAUCACUUGGCUACCUUGCAUCCGAACUACGCGCAUCGUUGUCUCCAACACCCGAUCUAGGACACAGCGCGCGGAAAGCUGCUACCAUAUUGUACCAGCAGCUACAAUCAAACAAACCAGACGCGGUGACUGUGACACGCGGAAACCUCCCGGCAAUGGAUAUCAAAAUGAGCUCUUGGGCGAAAGAGGACUGCUACAACUUCGACUUCGGCGGCGUAUUAGGAAAGCCAGAAGCGGUUAGGAGGCCCAACUUUGAGGGAUGGGAAGGGUUAUCAUAUUUCAUGCCGAAAUCAAGAGAUGGGGAGAUAGCGGUUGCGGUUUGUUUGAGGGAUGAGGAGCUGAGAUUUUUACAAAUAGAUGAAGAGUUCAGUCGCUUUGCGCGGUACGUAGGUUAA